UCCUGGCCCACGCCCGCCCGCGCUCGGCCCGCCAGCGCCUCCAUCCGGGCUGGCGGCCCCGCGUCGACGCCGUCCGUCGCCUCGCUGCUAACUCCCGUACCGGGCGCCGUCGGCGGGGCCGCGCUCCGUCGGGCCUGCGGAUUCCCCGCCGCCUCCUCCUCCAUCUACCUCAACACCCCGUCCCCGCUUCGCCGGAGGAGGCGGUCCCCCCCGCAGGCAGUCCGGCUUGCAGGCCGCCGGCGUUGUCAUCCCCCGCGCUCCCCCCCAGCCCUCCCCCGGCGCGCAGCCCGGCCGCUCCCCCUUCCGCGCUGCGUCCCGAGCGGCCCCCGGCGCCGCCACCGCCUGCCCCCCCCCAGAGGCCCGGGCUUGCGACGGCCGAGGGCUCCGUCGGCCCAUACCGAGCUGGGCGCCCGCGGCCUGGGUGACGCCUCCUCUCCGCCCCAUUCAGCACCGUCCCCGGCCCUCGACGUUGCGCUCUUCCCUUGGCUUCUCCGCCCCGCUCUCUCUCCGCGCCUGGCGCGGCCCCGCUCUCCCACCGCCACCUUUCCCGGGCUCCCUCCCGCCCCCCCCCAGAUCCUUGCCUCCAACUCCCUCCCCCCUCAAGCCCGCCCUCUGCCUUCGCCUACCAAAGUGGAUUAAUUAUACGCUUUCUGUUUCUCUCCGUGCUGUUCUCUCCCGCUGCGAGCCUGCCCGCCUCUCGCUGUCCUCUCUCCCUCUCGCCCUCUCUCUGGCCCCCCCCUUUCACGUUCACUCUGUCUCUCUGACUAUCUCUGCCCCCCUCUAUCCUUGGUACAACAGCUGACCUCAUUUCCCGAUACCCUUUCCCCCCCGAAAGUACAACAUCUGGCCCGCCCCAGCCCGAAGACAGCCCGUCCUCCCUAAAGAAGCAGAAGAGUCCCCCCCCAAAAAAAAGCCAUCCCCCCGUUCUGCCCCGUCGCACAUUCGGCCCCAGCGACUCGGCCAGAGCGGCGCUGGCAGAGGAGUGUCCGGCAGGAGGGCCUUCGCCCGCUGUUCGGCUUGCGCUAAAGCAGCAGGGAGGUGGGCGGCAGCUUCGCGGCUUCCAGAUACCAAUGGGGAUCCCAAUGGGGAAGUCGAUGCUGGUGCUUCUCACCUUCUUGGCCUUCGCCUCGUGCUGCAUUGCUGCUUACCGCCCCAGUGAGACCCUGUGUGGCGGGGAGCUGGUGGAUACCCUCCAGUUUGUCUGUGGGGACCGCGGCUUUUACUUCAGCAGGCCCGCAAGCCGUGUGAACCGCCGCAGCCGUGGCAUCGUCGAGGAGUGCUGCUUUCGCAGCUGUGACCUGGCCCUCCUGGAGACCUACUGUGCCACCCCCGCCAAGUCCGAGAGGGACGUGUCUACCUCUACGACCGUGCUUCCGGACAACUUCCCCAGAUACCCCGUGGGCAAGUUUUUCCAAUAUGACACCUGGAGACAGUCCGCCCAACGCCUGCGCAGAGGCCUGCCUGCCCUCCUGCGUGCCCGCCGGGGUCGCAUGCUAGCCAAGGAGCUGGAAGCGUUCAGAGAGGCCAAGCGUCACCGUCCCCUGAUCGCCAUGUCCUCCAAAGAUCCGGCCCACGGGGGUGCCUCUUCGGAGAUGUCCAGCAAUCAGAAGUGAGCCAAAUUGUUGUGAUUCUGCAGUGUGUACCAUCAGCUCUGUGACCUCCUCUUGACCAGGGACAUUUCCAUCACGUCCCACCAUUCAGAUCUCUCUGUUCCAUUUCUGCCCUAGGGCUUCUCCCACCCAGCCCCCAUGCCCCGCCUCCCCACAUCAGGCGACCCCUCAGCCCCCCUCCACCGGGCUGAGGGAAUGACACCACCUUCAAAAACCAAAACCAAUUGGCUUUAAACAUCUUCCACAGAGACCCUUCCCCCAAAUUAUACAUCCACAC